GCGUUACACCAAAAUAGGACAUUUCCUCGUCUUGUUUCACGCGCAGCUUAAGAGCUAACGACAGCUAGCGAGAAGGCGGCGAUAUCAGAGCUAAAAUGAAAGUGGAAGUAAGAUUUUGGUAAAGUGAGAUGCAACUUUCAUUCAUGUGUAUGCUAGCUGCGUGCUAAAGCCGCCAGGGACGAUGAGUACGGAUCUUGUAUCGGACGUCUACACGCGUUUCUUCGCCGAUAACCUCCUGACCAGCGAGGACUGGGACGCCUGCCUGUACAGCUGUGACAGCGUGGAAGACGACCAUGACGACCUUGACACCGCGUCCAAGUACGACACGUCGUUCGACAACGACCUGGUGCUCACGCUGGACGGCGGCGGCCCCUCGUCACCGUGGCAACACCCGUGUCAUGCAGGUGAUGCCAGCAGUCAGGGGAGUGCAGAGCCCAUGGAGUUGUUGUUGCAGGUCAAAUCUGAACCGCCGUCUCCUGCAUCGUCGCCAGAGGUGGAGCGCUUGCCGUCAUCGCCCGAUCCUCAGCUCCCGGUGAAAAGCGAGAACCCUCCCACUCCUCCCCACAUGUUUGGUGACAUCAUGUCCCCCCCGCUGGGCUCCGUGGAGGUCACCGUGGCAACCACGGCCGCCUCGCCCACCCGCGGGGGCGCGGAGACGCAGCCGGCGUUUACCACACGGCUUCACGCUGUCAUGGCCGCCAUGCAAACGCAGGCCGCAGUUCUUCCCGACAUACAGCCCCGCCCCCUGUGCGUGGCCCACACGCCCACGCUGGCCAAGACGCUUGUCCUGCAGGGCGUUCCCGCCAUGGAGCAGACGCCACCAGGUGAGACAUGUGACCAGUGGACUGAUGACAUCAUCGCUGAUGCUGCGCCAUCUUGUCCAGUGCUCUGCCUGGCGCCCGCUCCCGUGGUCAAGGUGGAGCCGCUCUCGUCCGCCCUCCCCCGCCACACGCCUCCCAGCAAGACCAUCGUCCCUGCCACGCCGUUGCCCAGCAACCACUGUAACGACAUCGACAUGAAGGUGCUGAAGCGUCAGCAGAGGAUGAUCAAGAACCGAGAGUCUGCCUGCCAGUCCAGGAAGAAGAAGAAGGAGUACGUGCACAACCUGGAGCUCCAGCUGAGGAACGCCCAGCAGGAGAACCUCAGACUGCGCCAGGAGAACCAGGAGCUGAGGGACAGACUGGAGGGCAAGUGCGGAGAGACAAGCAGCAACAAGCGAGCAGUGUGUGUCAUGGCUCUUCUUCUCUUCAUCACCUUCAGCUUUGGACCUGUCAGCAUCAUGGACAGGAAGUUGACACCAGCCUUCCAAGAUGGCGGCGGGUCCUUUUCGAGUCGCCGGCUGCUGGAGAUGCACCUUACACCUGAAGGCAAGAUGCACCUUACACCUGAAGGCAAGAUGCACCUGACACCUGAAGGCAAGAUGCAGCUGACACCUGAAGGCAAGAUGCACCUGACACCUGAAGGCAAGAUGCACCUUACACCUGAAGGCAAGAUGCACCUUACACCUGAAGGCAAGAUGCAGCUUACACCUGAAGGCAAGAUGCAGCUUACACCUGAAGGCAAGAUGCAGCUUACACCUGAAGGCAAGAUGCAGCUGACACCUGAAGGGGAAGGAAAGAUACUUGCAGAAGAUGAGGGCGGGACGUUUGAGUUCAGAAACACCAGCAACACCUUCAGUGACACCAAGGAGCUCCUCCUCCAUGACCUCCAACGCUACUUUAACUCCGCCCACUGUCCACAGUUCAACCGCUCAGAGUCGCUCAGGCUGGCAGCAGAGUUGAGAGGUUGGGUUGACAGACAUCAGAUCAACAACAACAAGAAGAAGAAGAAAACUAAGUUGCUCAACAAGACCACAACCACUCAACGUGCUCAGCUGAGGAAGACCAACAUGUCAAGAUAUCUUCCCAUCCAGACACACCGCUCCAUUGAAAGUCAGCUGCAGGUAGUUCCCGGGCCGGAGGUUACCUACAGCCACUUCCUGGAUGCCAUAGAGCGUCGUGAGGACACUUUCUAUGUGGUGUCCUUCAGACGGGACCACCUGCUGCUUCCCGCCAUCAGCCACAACAAGACGCGUCGGCCCAAGAUGUCGCUGGUCAUGCCCGCCAUGUCGGUGAAGGAGAGCGUCUACAACGCCUCCCGCGGCUACGAGAUGAUGAUGCAGGUGGACUGCGAGGUCAUGGACACCCGCACGGUCCACAUCAAGUCCUCGGCCGUGCCACCGUCGCUGCGCGACCCGCCCCCACAGGACCCGCCGCACGCCCACCAUCACCAUGGCAACCACACCGUCCUGCGUGGACGUCAGCAGCCGCCGCCGCCCUCAGCCCGCAGACGCCAGGACAAGUAUCUCAUCAGCCAAUCAGAGGGUGUCUGAAGAGGCAUCGCCAUGGCAACCAGUCUUUUCUACUCUAAUUUAAUGCUUGUAAAAACAAGGUUGUAAAUAUUUUUUUAUCUCCCACUGGGUCACAUGACCUCCGCCAGGAUGUCAACAGUGCUGUUGCUUGGUUACCAAAAGAUGCAAAUAACAUUUAAGACCCAUCAUUUCUGCCACAUGACAUGUCCCGCCUCCACCCGCAGACACAAACACACCAAAAUAUGUCAAUCAAUAUUACAUCAACUGCAAAUGAUAUAUAUAUAUAUACUGUAUUUAUAUAUGUAUACUAUACAUGUACUGUCUAUAUAUACUGUGUAUAUG